AAAAAAGAUUACACAACCGGUUUUUUUCUUUCUUUCGCCCAAGAUGCUGCGCUCCUCCGUGGUUCUGCGAGGCAAUGCCCUGACGCAGAGCGCCCGCCUGGCUGCGUCCCGCGCCAUGUCGUCCCAUGCGCUGUCCAACCCGACCCUAGCCAACAUCGAGAAGCGCUGGGAGGGAAUGCCUCUCCAGGAGCAGGCCGACCUGUGGAUGGCCCUGCGUGACCGCAUGAAGGGCAGCUGGACCGACCUGACGCUGCAGGAGAAGAAGGCCGCAUACUGGAUCGCCUUUGGUCCUCACGGCCCCCGCACCGUUGACCCUCCCGGAACCAAUGCUCGCAUUGCCUGGGGCGUUGCCCUCGGCCUCGCCGCCAGUCUCGCCCUCUUCGCCGGCAUCCGAAUGGCCGCCAAGCCUGCGCCUUACACCAUGACCAAGGAGUACCAGGAAGCCUCCAACGAGCUGCUCAAGCAACAAAACGCCGACCCCCUCACUGGUAUCUCUUCUCCCGGAUACAAGGGCAAGGGUGUCGUCCAGUCUCCUCCCAAGAACUAGAAAAAAAACGCAAACACACGAUAUCAUCGCUCGCUGCCCCGUAGAAUCCGGAGCGGACAUGGGAGGCUUAUAUCAAAAAUCACAAUAUCUGUACAUUUAUAGCUUAGUCUUAGAGAGUAGGUAUGCAAGACGGGGGUUCUUCG